AUGGAUCCUCAACAGCAGAUGGAGCAAUUUCAGCAACAGGAACCUGUACAGCAGCCCGUCCAGCAGCAAUACACCCAACCUGUCCAGCAGGAAUACUCUCAGCCCCUACAACAGCAACACACUCAGCCCAUACAGCAGGAAUACUCCCAGCCUGUGCAGCAGGAAUACCCACAGCCCGUACAGCAGGAAUACCCCCAGCCCGUACAGCAAGAAUACACCCAGCCUGCGCACCCCUACGUACAGCCUGUGCAGGAGACACAGCAAGACCCAUUGAACGUUGCUCCCGCUGCCGUCACUCCGCCCAUCACCGCUGAACACAGUCACGAUGCGCAGAAGCAUAUGGAUCAGACAUCGAUGGAGGUCGACGACAGCAUGAACACCACCAUUACCGCAUCAACGAUCGCCCCGCUACCUGACUUCCACCAAAGCAACAAUGGCUACGCACAGGAGCACCAUCGACCCCAAACAUCCUACUCAGACACCACGUUCUCUCAUCACUACUCUCAUGGCAACGGCGACUCGCGCUUCAACACACCUUCAGAUGCAGAUACACCACCGAGGCAAGGCUAUUAUAGCAGUGGAAAGGAAACUCAAAUGGGACAGUCGCACUCACGGCCAAACUCGGCUCUGCAGCAUAGAUACCCACAUUCCGAGGGAGGAAGAGCCAAUUCAUAUCAGGAGCAGAACCAACGGAGCUCACAGCCGCAACAACAGGAAAGCAAUGCCACAAAGAAUACUAGCGUUGUGAUCAAAGUUGGCAUGGUUGGCGAUGCGCAAAUCGGAAAGACAAGUUUGAUGGUCAAAUAUGUCGAAGGAAGCUGGGACGAGGAUUACAUCCAAACACUCGGUGUGAACUUCAUGGAGAAGACCAUUUCAAUCAGGAACACAGAAAUCACCUUCUCCAUCUGGGAUCUUGGAGGCCAGCGAGAAUUCGUCAACAUGUUGCCACUUGUCUGCAACGACGCUGUCGCAAUUCUAUUCAUGUUCGAUCUGACUCGCAAGAGCACUUUGAACUCUAUCAAGGAAUGGUACCGCCAGGGUCGAGGAUUCAACAAGACUGCCAUUCCGUUCCUCGUCGGCACAAAGUACGACCAUUUCGUCAACUUCCCGCGCGAAGAGCAGGAGGAAAUUUCGAACCAGGCUAAACGGUUUGCCAAAGCGAUGAAAGCCAGCCUCAUCUUCAGCAGCACGAGCCACAGUAUCAACGUUCAAAAGAUCUUCAAGAUCGUACUUUCGAAGGCAUUUGAUCUCAAGUGCACUAUUCCCGAGAUCGAAAACAUAGGAGAGCCCCUGCUCCUCUACCAGUCCGUCUAG